UCGAGUGAAGCUAGGUUUGCCAAUUUGGGCAGCAAAACGCAGCUUAAUAAAAAACCUCUCUCCUCCCUCAUUUUCUCUCUCUAAAACACCCUCACUUUCUCUCUCUGAAACCUCAACUGAAAAUGGCAACAGCUUCUAGAAGGUCGUCAGCAACUGGAUCGGUCCUCCGGUCCACCGCCUCACCCUCACUCUCCGGAAGGUUCUACACCUCCCAUUCCUCCUCCUCCACCGGCUUCGCCUCCUCCACUUCCAGCUUCUCCUCCCGAUCCGCCGGUGGUUUUUUCACACGCGCCGCCUCUCCCCCGCGCGUGAGCCUCGCCAGACCCUCUCCCUCGGCUCAGUCCGUCCGGUUCUCUCUCCACGACCGCCCUACCUCCCCCAGCCGCUCCAUCUCCGUCUCGCCGCACGGCUCCGGCAGCCACCACCGGAGCGCGAUGAAGAAGCAGGUCAACCCUAAGAGGACCUGUAUGUGCUCCCCUACUUCUCACCCAGGCUCCUUCCGGUGCAGCCUACACAAGAACUGUGGCUCGCACGUGUCGAGUUCCUCCGCCGCGCCGUACUCGCAGAACCGCCUCAACGCGCGUAGAUCGGCGAUGACGAACUCGCUUGUCAGGAUCGGCGGCGUCGAAGGCGAUCUCGUGAAGCGCGCCUUGGCCGCUCUGAUCCGCCCCUCCUCCCACAGCCAGCGGCGCCGUGCCGAUUUCCGUCCCCGGCCCAGCCGUCUCUCCACCAUGUCAAAGUGCAGCGAGUAAGUCCAGUUGGUAACAAAUUUUGGAGAAAUUGCAGCCUUCGGAUCCAAAUAUUCAUGAAACUUCCGGCAAAUUUGAGGCCGCACGUGGCAGAAUCCGGCGGUAGUGAUCUGAUGGAUUUGGUAUGAUUCGGAACGGACUUGGUUUUUUUGUGUCCUCCGGUGACCGAACUGCUCUAGAGGACUAUUGUUAGUGAUGUGAUGAAGAACCUAGCCCUUCUGUGUAUAUAGAAAUACAAAUUAUAUGUAUCUUUGGCGCGCCAUUGUUGGUGUCUCCAAGCUUAGCUUUCCAGGACUCGAUUAACUUCCACUUGAAACAUCUUAAAUUGAGCCCCGAAAUUAAAUUCA